GAAUAAUAUAGACAAAAAAUACAAAUAAAUACAUAAAUGUAAUACUCAGAAGAUAAACAAUAGUAGUAAAAUACUAAACCAGACCAAUUUUUCUAAUAAUUUAAAAACAAAUCAGUCCAAAACACAUACAGGAAAAGCGAACAAUGUAUAGGCUGGAAUUCUACAGGAUAAUUAAUAGCAACAGCCCAAAAUAAAAUAAGAUUAUUUAAAUUAGAUAGAACAAAUUUUAAUUUUGAUAUUGAAAAAAAUGAGCAAAAAGGACAUGACGCAUCUACAAUAGACAACCUAUAAUGGCAUCCAUAAAAUCCAGAAGUAUUAACAUACAUAACUAAACAACCAUAUUUAUACAUUUGGGAUAUAAGAGAUAAAAACGUAAAAAAAAUUAACAAUAUAUAAUCGGAAAAUCUAAAUGUGUGUUAUUCUUAAGAUGGAAAUAUAAUUGCUUUAUGUAAUAGAGAUAAUAAAUUAUAAUAUUAUGAUGUUAGAAAAGAUGAUAUAAUAUAUUAAUAAGCUUUUGAAAUGGAUAUCAAUGAAUUACAAUGGGAUCCUACAGGAUCAAUCAUAAUAAUUGCUGGUUCUUUGAACGGAGCUGGUACUAUUAGAGUUUAAGAUGGCAAAAAUUUUACUAAAAAUACUAAUGAUUUACUUGAUAAUAUUUAAUCAGAAUGUCAUAGUAUGAAAAUUCUUUCUCUUGCGAUUGAUCCGAAAGGUAAAUAUUUUGCUACUGGAUCUUCAGAUACUUUAAUUGGACUUUGGGAUUUAGACGAAAUUACAAUGAUUUAAACUUAUGCCCAAUCUGAUUCAGCAAUUAAAAAAUUAUCUUUUUCAUUUGAUGGUUAAUAUUUGGCUUCUUUGUCUAAUGAUAAAAAUAUUUUUAUUUAUAAUUGCUAAUAAAAUACAGUCGCUUCUACAAUUGAAAAAGAGUAGCCUUAGAAUAACUUAUAAUGGAAUCCUAAUUAAUAUAUAUUAGCUUAUUUAGGUGACGAUAAAGUUGAAAAUGAAGGAAACUUAAAAUUAUAUGGAUAAUUUUGA